GUUGAAAGAAAAAUUGGUUAACAUGGAGGGAAAUAGUUCAGAUAGCACAACCCAGCCGCAAGCUUUUAGAAAUAUAUUAUACUGCUUAUUAGGUUCGACCCCAACUCUUUUCCGACUUAUUUAUAACAAAGAGGUCCUUCUUUUUCUUUUCUGGCUCCCCGGUAUUCUAGUAGAGGUAGUUCUUGCUUUGUAUCUUGUGGUGCGUUUCCUAAGAGCUUCGAAUAUAUGGCUUCUGUUUGACUCCUUUGCUGUGACUACCAUACUUUCCAUCGCAGUGCCGGUACUUAACACUCUCUUCGUAGUAGCGCUAGUAAAAAUUUCAGGAGCCUAUGGAUUUCCAUACUCCGACACUCCUUUCAGCUGGCAAACUGCAAUUCUUUACUUGGUUAUGUUCUUUCAAGGCGCUUUUACAGAAGAAACUGUGAAAUAUAUUGCAGUAAAGCAAGGACAUUUAGACAGUCUCAAAAACUUCGUAGCACAAGCAGUAGCUGUGGGUGCGGGUGUUGCAAUAGGAGAGCAGAGUAACCAGAUGCUAGACUCGUACUAUUUUUCCAAACGAGCUUGGACUUUCUCUAGCAUAUUGAUUGAGUUUUGGUCUCUUUUUUGCAAAUUUGCUUUUCAUUGCAGUACUGCUGUUUUCAUUGCAUUUCGAAUGGUAUCCGUUCCAACAAAUCUUUCUUUUCUUCACCGAUAUGUACAUAUUAUCUGGAUACCUUGGUGUUAUCAUUUCUUCUGCAAUAUUCUUGUUACAUCGGAGGAUUUCAUUCUAGAAGAAAGUUAUUCGUUGGUGGUUCAAGCUUGCACUCUACCUCUUCUUGUGCUAGUUGCUGUUUAUUUCAUUUUCAAAACGAACCACUCUCAACUAUUGGAACAGUCUUAUAGCAGACUGGCCGAAGGUUUCGUUAUACGCUAAAAUGCAUAACAUUGCAAUGCUAUCUGUAAAAUUGAGUCUCCUUUCAACUCUCUUCUUGAAAAAAUAUUCAAGAAGGAACGAGAUUCUCUGUCUUGUAACAAUGCUUACCCUAUUCGAUUAAGUCCCAGCAAUAAACUGAUCGAUAAAAGUUGUCAUUGAGUGACUUUGUCAAAGAAUGGUCUGCAGUGUCGUGCAGACUCCGGCGAGUAUCGCUUCUGUAGCGGGACCAUCGGAAAGAAAGUCGCCUGACCUUUGCGAAGUUGUUCUCAACGAAAUAAAAUUGGGUUCUUCACGCAAAUGUGUCGGUUUCAGGAAGGUCCUUUAGAGUUCCAUUACAGAGGAGUGUCUGACUGUAGGGGAUUUCUGAGCAAAGUCGUGACAAGAAACAAGGUAUGAACCCUUUCCUUUGCUAAACCCUAACGACACACUAUUUGGUCGCGUUUCUACUGACUAUUGGAGUACUCGUCUUCUUUGUGGAUUACCUUCUGUAGAGUGGUCGAAAUGUGUCAAUUCUUUACGCUAUCUCGAGUAAUAAAGAAGGAUUGUCCUUU